GGCCCUCGCAGUACGAAUGGCCAGCCCACGUUCGAUGUUCCUGUGCUUGACUGCGUGUGUGUUUCUCCUUACAGUAGUCAUGCUCUGGUCAAAGAUAAUUCUACAUCUCUCCAUCGCGGUACCUCCGCGUUCUACAAAAGCAGUUUUCAAAUACCACAGACCAGUCCUCAGGAAAGAGGGAAAACUCUUUUCUCGUCCUCUGUUGUCAACGUUAUCCUCUACAAAAGCUCUUGUGCCGUCCCCUAUCAACGCGCAUGCCAAGUGUAAGGAAAAACGCCACGUGAUCUACGUGAGAAUCCCCAAAACCGGAAGCAGCACGAUGACCCACCUCAUGUGGCGUUUCGGAAAUCAGAGAGGCCUCAGGUUUUUGCUUCCACGGCCUGGUUUCGAAGGGAGUGAAAACAAACUCUCGUUGAAUAAGUUUUAUUUACCAAACUCCAGAAAAUAUUGUGACUUGAUGGCUAAUCACGUGAUCUAUGAUUAUGCAAAUUUCAAGCGAUAUUUUCCUGCUGACGUUGUCUACAUUUCUCUGUUACGAGAACCUAUGAACCAGUUAUAUUCAACCAUCUAUUACCUGAACUUUAACAUUCAGGGUGACAACAAAGUAAAGAAUUAUUUGCUCAAGCCUGAAAAGUAUGAACCAAAGUCUGGUUCCCGAUCUUUAACUCAUAACCCAAUGAUGUCAUACUUUGGCUUAGCUCCGAGUUACUUUCGAAAUGUUGAUAAAAUCCGUCAAAAAAUCGCAGAAAUUGAUGAGAAAUUUGCAAUGGUGCUGGUUUUAGAGAAACUGGACGAGUCGCUGGUGUUACUCAAACGUAAGCUCUGUUGGACGACAAAUGAUAUUUUGUAUAUGAUAAAAAAUAAAAACUGGAAAAAACCAGUUGUCAAUAUUACCGACGAAGACUACAAAAGGUUAAAAAAUUGGUCAAUGGCGGACUACAUUUUGUAUGAGCACUUUCUUGGUAAACUUCAACGAUCCAUUGAAACCGAAGGGGAAGACUUUCAGCAAGAACUUUCCUUAUUCCGUUCAAUUAAAAGACAAUUUAAGGAAUUUUGUCAAAGGGGAAACUCUAACCAGACUUUGACAAUUGCAUCUAGCAAGUUUUCUGCAUCAUUCAAAGUUCCUUACAGGAAUUGUCAAAGACUGGCCUCGCGUGGGCCGCUCGUCCUAGACGAUAUUCGACGCCAACAAAAACUGAAGAAUUUUUGCAAUAGUAAAUGAAUAAAUGUAU